CCUGUCCCUACAGGCCCUGAUGAAGAGUCCAUCUCCAGCAUCUUUGUAGGCCCCCUUCAGAUACUGGAGAAGCCACAUCUGCCCCACAUCCCAAGGGACCAGAGAGGUACGUGCCACCGCAAUGGUCACUCCACAGCCAGCACCAGCCUCAACGUCACCCCUGCAGCCAGCGAAGGCCAGGGCUGCCCGGGCAUAAGCAUUGCCAGGCAGGAAAAGCUGUGCUGUUCCCAGGGUUGUUUUCCUUUCAUCAGCCGCAAAAUAACCAGCAAUAUCUGGCAGGACAUGGCCCUCCAGGGGCUGGGGACCUCAGUGGGCUCCAGAGCACCCAGUGAGGCCACACCAGCAGGGGCUGGACUGGCUCCUGCCACACUUUGGGCUUUCCUGAGCAGAUUUCUCGGUGUCUGUGCUGGUAACGUUUGAGCAGUGGAAGAUCUGAUGGAGCUCCUGCCAUAGCACCAGCGCUCCCUGUGAGCCCGUCACCAGCACCCAGCACGGAGGGCAUCUCACAGAGGAAGGAGGAGUGGAAAUUCCCACUGGGAGGUGCAGGAAUGCCAUCACUUCUUUGCCAAAGGAGGUGCCAAAGGGUACGUGGGCAUCGUGGGACUGUCACGUGGGGACAGCGCUGGCAGCAUUGGCCUCGCUGCCCCGAUGCCAUGAGCUGGGGUGUGAUAGGAGCAGCCACAUCAGCUGACGGAGCCACUGGCUAUAAAGCACCUGCCUGCCCCAUGGCAAAGCCACGAGUGAGCCCACCAUGGCCAACAUGCUGCACGCCUGCGUGCUCCUGGCCAUGCUGCUCCUGGCCGAGGCCAUGCCCAUGGAACAGGAGCGAGGGCUCAUCUUCAACUUGGAUGUUGGGGAGCUGUGUCUGCAGAGCGCCCAGUGCAAGAGCCACUGCUGCUACCACAGCAGUGGCCUCAGCCUGGCCCGGUGUGCGGAAAGGGCAACCGAGUUCCAGGAGUGCUCCAAGACGAGCCUCUAUGGGGUGUACUACAAGUGUCCCUGUGAGAGCGGCUUGACCUGUAACGCCGAUACGACCAUUGUGGGUGCCCUCACCAACACUGACUACGGCAUCUGCCAAGACCCUGCAGACACCAAGUAGUCACAGUGAAGGAGAAGACCCUCC